AUGCAUUUCAAGUAUUUUCUUCGGGUCAGCGGGCUGGCCCUUUUGACUGGCGCCGUUAGUGCCCAGCUGGAUACCGAUGCUGCCGGCCUCAAUCCUGUACUCGGAAGCCACCCUCUCGGCGGCAACACUGGUGGCGCAAGCCAUUCUGUGAGUCCAACUUCAGCUCCAGCUGCAACGAGCUCGCAUGUUCCCUAUCACAAACCAUCCAGCAAUCCCAGCUUCCGACAAACUGCGAAGAAAGAAACCGGGAGCAACAUGGGCGACAAACCCAAUGGGAACUUUGUGGGAAGAAAAAGCUCGGCUUCUGCGAAACCAUCGUCGUCUAUUGCAACGCCUACUACCAGCCCGAGUAGAAUUCCAACCGCGGUGAAGGGAGUUCAUGCACGAUUUGACGGUAAUUACGAGGCUGACUCGGUGAUCCCGGUAAACUUGGCUCAACUUCUCUCAGGAAGAGAUAACGGCAACCAAUACGAGGCCGACUCGACCAUUCCGGUUAAUUUGGGCCAGCGCUCGGGAAGAGAUACAAGCAGCUCCGGUGCCGACUCGAACGUUCCAGGGAACUUUGAUAGCUUGUUGGGUGAUGGAGACUCGCCGUCUGCAAAGCCUUCUGAGGGCCGGAAACCCAGCUCAAGUGGACUCCCAGUCAAGAGCGCCCCAGCAAAGCACGCCCCAGAAAAGCAUGCACCAGCAAAGCAAACUUCUGCGAAGCAGACCCCGACAAAGCAGAGUCAUGCAAAGCAAACUCAGGAAAAGCAGACUUCUGUGAAGCAGACGCAGACCCCUACAAAGCAGACUCAAGCAAAGCAAACUCAGGAAAAGCAGACUCCGACAAAGCAUACCUCAGCAAAGCAGACCCCAGCACAGCACGCCCCAGCACAGCACGCCAAACCGUCGCCUAGCUCAGGUGGAUUCUCGAAGAAUCAUGCUAGCCCAUCCCCCACCCCUACGCCCUCGACAAUCAUCAGAAGACGCCGCCGUGGUAACCUGGGAGGCUCUUCAAAGGUCCCUGCUCCCUCAGUCACGCCAACCUCUACCGCCUCAGCGGCCUUUGCACCUACUUCCAUGAAGACAAAGGCCCAUUCAACUCCGCUGAAAGUUUCCUCGAAGGAAACCAGCAUCCCUAAGGGAUCCAAUCAGGCUGCUCCCCGGUGGAACUAA